CUCUCAGACAGACCUGCAUCUGUACUGUUUCAGCGCAAAUGUUUUUUUUUUUCUAUCAUUCCACUGUUUUCUUACUGAAAGUUUGCUCAAUGCUUUGACAUAAAUGAGACUGACCUUAUGAUUAAGGCACGUGACUUUUGAUUGUGGUUCUGUGUCGUUGGAUUUGUGAUCAGGGUCUCUUUUUUUGUGUGUUAUGAACUUUUUUUGGUUUAAGUGUGUUAUGAACUUUUUUUGUGUUAAACUGAGUUUAGUGUCAUUUCAAAAAUUUAGAAUACUUGGGGCUAUGGAUAUCCUCUGUUUCCGUUUUUACUUUUGUUUUAUUUUUUGUAUUAUGUGUAAUAAGCAAUAUUACCGGCUAAUUUAGCUGAUUAUUCACCACAUCUCAAUUAUUUAUUUGCACUUACGUAAGAACGAAACAAAAAUCUUUUACUUUCCCCAUUUUCAUAAAAUUUGAGAGUUCUAUAAUGUUUUUUUUUACCUUUAUUGAAUAGAGUUAUUUAAUUACGUUUAGAUCAAAAUCCAAUUCAAAGAAAUAAAAAAAAACAACUGUCUGUUUUCUGGAUAAGUUCGAGUAAUAAUUCUUACAUUUUUUUAAUAAAAAUAGUACUUUCUUCCGCUUGGAAUUACAUGAUGGCUGCAAAUAAAUUAAAAAAGUUAAUGUAAUGUCUAUUUUAAUCUUUUCGUUAGUUUUCAAUGCUAAAUUAGGUUUAUAUCAUCCCACUAAAGAUCAUUAAUUACAAAGAUAGAAAAAGUCAUAUUUUAUCAUUCUUUAUUCUUUACAUAGAAUUCUGAGAACUUCGAAUAUAUUGACAAAAAAAUUAUUUAGAACGUCAAGUAAAUCCGAACGGAAUGAGUAAUAAUUUUUAUAGUUAACUUAUGAUAACAAAUACACUGCAUAAUAUUUUACAGUAACUACAUAGUUUCCUACUGUUUGUGUCAAGGAUAAUAUGGAAAUUAUUACAAAAAUAUCAUAGACUAAAAGUUGUUAUCUGUAGAAACUUAAUUGGUGAUAGUUAUGUAUAUGUGAUCAAAUUUUCCUUAAAACUAUUGGUUAUGAAGUUAUUUUUAUAUAUACAGAUGAAAAGUACUAUUCAUUACAUCUUUUCUAAAACUUUUAAUAAUUAAUAAGUUUACGGUUUUAAAAUAAAUAAUUAAAUUGUUUUAAUAAAAAAGCAUGAAAAUUAAUUUUACUUUCAGUUUAAAAUAAGAUAAAUAUUUUAAGUAAUUUAUUUUAUUUGUUUAUUUGCUAACCCGCCCGUAGGGCGGGCCUACCCUAGUAUAUAAAAAAGUAAGAACCAAUACACGCACGGAUGCACGGAUUAAUCUCUAGUUUUAUUUAAGACAUUAUCUUCUAUCUGUUUCACUCUAUUUAAGUAGUUAAAUAUCGCACUUUACUUACCAAGAAAAUGAAAGAAAUACUAAGUUACAAAAAAAAAAUGAAAGAAAUAUUAAAAAUAUAUAUAUAUGAAAGAAAUAAAAUUUGAUGACAUAUAGGAUAUAGCCUUUAGCAUUAUCCUGGGCUACAGAACCGAAGUCUAUCAAGGGCCGAAUAAUUAGGCCCAUAACUUUCACGCGCGUAAUUCAAACGUAAACAAGGAAAUAAAAAUACGUGGGCCAUGUUCUUUCUGCUGACCGCUCAGCUGCUUCAAAAGGGGGUGGGGGAACAGUUAAAGCACCGAGUAGCGAAAGUGUAGCAAGCCCAUAUACACUGGUUCAAUUGUUUCAGCCUGGUGAAUUAAUAAAUAAAAAACUGUCAAAUUUUUUUUUCCUCCACUACUUUCACACACAAACUAGCAUUUGAAUUUAAUACUUAGUAAAUUGUUUAGUGCACAUAAACAAAAAUACUUAGUAAAUUGUUUUGUGUGUUUCUUCCCCCAACCUUUUUCAAUACUAAUAUGUAUCUCUUGAAAGUGAUAAAUAGUUAGUCCUCAUACAGGCUUGUACCCUUAAUCAAGGGAAGUUAAUCAUCUUUCAGAUAUUCGUUCAAACGUGACCCAAUCUAGUUCUAGAUGUUUUGCUUGCCGUAUGAUAAUAGUUCUGUAAAACGAACGUAUCGUUUUGGCUUUGGUUAAUCAAGAUAAGAAACAAAGAUGAUUAAUAAUACUAGUUUUAUUUGAAAAAUAAUAAUACUACGGUUAACAUAAGAGAAAAAGGAUUAAAAAAACUCGUUUUAUACAACUAGGUAAAUGUAAUUUUUGGUCGGCCUUUUGUUUGCCAACGAGUUGCUUUUUCAGUCUCUGUAAACUUUUUGAUGGUUUCGUGCUUGUCUGGGUGUCUGGUGAUUGCCAGUUUCUUUGGGCGUAGGCUUUGUAAUUGGAUCUCAUAUAUUCCUUUCUUAAUUCUAUAAAACUAGAUGAAAAUACAUAUAUAUAUAUAUAUCGAAAUAAAUAAACCCAUCAAUUUUUUUUUUUUUAAAUAUAGAUUGGAGAGUUAAGUGUCCCAAGAGAGAAGCAGAGAGGUAGAAAAGAAGCAGAGCACAUGGGAGCAGUGGAGCUAGUUGGAGAAGCUUCAGAUCAUGUAUUUAUAUUUUCUUUAUAAUAACAUCUAAAAGCAUUCAAUAAUUUUCUGCAACAAAAGCAUAUUGCCAAAGAGGAUAGAUAGAUAGGUUAAUACUCUCAAAUCUUCCUUAUACAAGCAUGUGAAAGACCUUGUUGUAGGACAGGUCUGUGACACUAUACUGUAGGACCCAUUCCUAAAAUACUAACAUAUACUAACAAAUAAGAUCAAAUUUUAAAUAUAAUUUGAUACUGCGAAAGCCCCCACAAUACCACAUAGAUAUGAGAACUGGAAAACACUAGUAACGGGUCUUAUAUCUUUUUCUCAUAUACCUUAGAUACUCAUAAAGACUCUUACCAACAAAAUAUAGUAGAGUGAAAGAAAGAGCAUCUCAAUCAUCAUUUUUUUCAACUCAAUCAACAUUUCUACUAACAUACAGUUCAGAAAAACACAUGUAUAAUAUCAUUAUAGUCAAAAAUCUUUUUUUGUUACUCGGGUAAUCCAAACUAGUCUGAUCCAAAUUGAAAAUAUAUAAAAAUCUAAUUUGAAAAGUAAAACGACUUUUAUUUAAGUUUGAGUGGUUUAGAAAAAAAAUAUCCAUUUAUAUCUAACUCAACUGUAUUUUAUAACAACUUUUUCUUGUUUAUAUCUUUAGCAUAAAUUCAUAUAACCUUUUUUAUGUUUACAAUAUGAGAUAUAGAAGAUGUUUAAAAAAUAUUUAGGUCAAGUGCAAAAGAUAUAUAUAUAUAUAUAUAUAUAUAUAUAUAAUUUCAGUAGUUAUGUUAAUAUAUUUAUUUUGAGCCAACGUUUAAAAAAUAUUUAGGUCAUAUGUUAAUAUAUAUAAUUUCAGUAGUUAUAGAAAGAUGUUUAAAAAAUAUUUAGGUCAUGUGCAAAAUUAUAUUAUAAUUUUGUUAUAACUUACAUGUUUGAAAUGGUUUAUGUUUUUUCUGUUGAUAUAAUUGAGUUACUACUGAGUAUUGAUUACCACGAGUCUGAAUAAUAAUUGAUACGUUUGGGUGUUAGAACAUACAUAGGUCGGUGCAUCCUGUGAACGCAUUUACCUGUUGAGAAGAAUCCACAUGCCUUUAAGGUCUACUGUGGAAUGUUCUUCCGAAAACCAAUGAGUCAGCGAUUGUAAAAAGCAUUCAAACAUUUUAAGAAACUUAAUAUAAAUAUGCGACGGUACGUAAAAACCUAAUAGUUGAUAGAUUCAAGAAUAUAACGGUGAUCUACGCACUAUCGAGUCCCAAACCUUGUACGCACAAAUUAUCAAACAAAGUCCCACGUUAAUAAUUACACAAAUAAAAAUCUAAUUUAUAAAUUUUCAAUCUAAUUAGUAUGAUAUAUUUAAAAAAAAACAAUAUGAAUUUGAACUAGAUUCAAAAUAGACAAUAUUAUAUCAUAUUAGUCGGACAAUAUAGAAUUAGACACAUAAUUUUACAGUCCCAAUACAUAUUACAUUGAGAUAUUCGAGAAGUAUAGUAUGCUUAAUGAAUGAUUGAAUUGUUAUUCAUAUUCAUUAAUGUUAGUUAAUGGCCUUAAUAAACGAAUUUAGUCCAGCAAGCAUACCACUCCAACUCUCCAACACUAUUAGUAUUGAUGGAAUUUUCCUGAUACUACGCCUACAUUCGAGGAUUAAGCGUAAUGGGUGUCAUUAUUUUCUUGCUUAUUUUGGCUUAUAUUCUUAAAAGAUUACAGGUUUGUAAAUAGUACUCUCUUUGUUUUUUUAUAUAAGUCGUUUUAGAGAAAUUUUUAUGUUCUAAAUUAUAUGACGUUUUCAGUUUUUUAUGUAAAAUUUAUUAAAACUUAAUGUUAUAUGAUCAAUGGUAAUAUACCUUAUAUUUUAUUAUUGGUUGAUUUGUAGUUAGGUAAAUAAUUAAUGAUUUUUUUAUUUAGAAAAUAUAAAAAAUUAAUGAUUUCUUAAUCUAUGUACAUAAUUGUAAGACUUAUAUUAAAAAAACGGAUGGAGUACUAAAUAUGGAUUUGAGAGUACAUCUUAAAAAUUAGGAAAGAGUUCAAAAAUUAACAUUGAUUAUUUAUUUUUUGAUCUGAAUUUAUUUAAUCAUACACCCGCGCUAACAGUGAUCGUAAGGAUUUUAACUGGGUGACAAAGUAAAUGUAAUUAAAAAAUGUCAAAUCAACUGUGUUAGGUGGUUUCAUAGUCGUAUGUGUAUGGUGCACACAGAAAAAAGUUGUACAUGUAUGUAUAACCUAAGCUGUAUCUUAAUAUCACAACGUUAAACAGUGCAUAAAUGAAGUGGAAAAUGUAUAUGUCAAAGAUCCAUGUGGUAUUAACAUUUAAAAUUUAAAUUUUCCCAAGUGUCGUAUACAAAUUAGAUCAAAAGAAAGAUCAGCAAAUGCCAUAGGGCCUAAAUGGUAUAAAAGGGUGGGUCCUAUACAAAUCUCUCAUGAACUGAUCUCUUCAUCAUUCUUCUUCUCCUUCUCACUAAACUAUCAGAGAACUUCACGAUCCUCCAAACAAGUUCUUGAUCUAAUAACAAUUCCUAGGAAGAGUUAAUCAUUUGGUGGGCUUUGUGCGUGUGUAACAUACACGUUUGUAUGUAUAUGUAUGAGGAGGAAAAGAGCAAUAUUGUUAAUAGUCAAGCAGGACUGAGAUUGGAGAUGGCCUUUCCACAGCAUGGAUUCAUGUUUCAGCAACUUCAUGAAGACAAUGCUCAUCACUUGCCUUCCCCUACCUCUCUCCCUUCUUGCCCUCCUCAUCUCUUCUACGGAGGAGGAGGAAACUACAUGAUGAACAGAUCAAUGUCGUUCACGGGAGUAUCAGAUCACCAUCAUCUAACUCAAAAAAGCCCGACCACGACGAACAUGAAUGAUCAGGACCAGGUGGGAGAUGAAGACAAUCUAUCAGAUGAUGGGUCCCAUAUGAUGUUGGGAGAGAAGAAGAAGCGGCUUAAUUUAGAGCAAGUUAGGGCAUUAGAGAAGAGCUUCGAGCUAGGGAACAAGCUGGAGCCUGAGAGGAAGAUGCAGCUUGCUAAGGCCUUAGGGUUGCAGCCUAGGCAGAUUGCGAUAUGGUUUCAGAACAGGAGAGCUAGGUGGAAGACAAAGCAGCUUGAGAGAGACUAUGAUUCUCUCAAGAAACAAUUCGAUGCUUUGAAAUCGGACAAUGAUUCUCUUCAAGCCCACAACAAGAAACUCCAUGCUGAGGUUGUAGCAUUGAAGAAACAAGACCUUAAAGAGUCAGGAAAGAUCAAGAGAGAAUCAGCAGAAGCUUCAUGGAGCAACAAUGAAAGCACGGAAAAUAAUAAUAAUAGUUCAGAGGGGUUGAAAGAUCUUUUCCCUUCUACAAUUCGAUCUGUGACAACGAUCACGACCUCAGCUCAUAUUGAACAUCAGAUGGUUCAGGAUCAAGGAUUUUGCAAUAUGUUCAAUGGUAUUGAUGAAACGACGUCGGCUGGUUAUUGGGCAUGGCCUGACCAGCAACAACAACAUCACAAUCAUCAUCAUUUCAAUUGAUUAUAUCGUCCAAGAAGAACAUCAUAAUCCUGAUCAACAUCCUCAUGAUAUCAUCAUUACCAUCAUCAAAAGAAAAUUUCGUUGAUUUUUUUUUAAUUUGAGUAUUUUUGAAAUUAUUUGUUACUGUUUCAAAUGACAAUCCAUCGUUUUUUUUUCUCUCUUUUGCUGCUUCUUUUGGGUUUGUAGAAAGUGGGUGUAUAGAGAGGAUAUUCAAAUUUUUUAGAAUGAUAACUUCUUGUUUAAUAAAUGAAAUUUGUGUCUUCCAAAAUAUUUUUUGAGAUCAAGUAUAUGUAUCUUAUAUAACAACCCACUACUUAUUAAAUUAUUUCUGAAUGAUCACUACUUAUUAGUUGAAAUAUAUAACUAGAGAUUUUUGCCAGUAGUGAUUAAUAGUAAUUGCUAAGUUAAUAUUGUGACAAACUUGAGAAGUUGAAAUGCAUAAUCGACAAAAAAAAUUGAUAAAAGAAUAAAUCAGAUGCAUGUGCUUUCGAGUGGGGUUCCAGCUCUGUCAUUGACAGUUCGACACAACAUAUAUAGUCAUGAAAUAUAUUUUAUUUUACCAAAUGCCAUGAAGUAUUUUAUUAUAUCUGAUAUUUUUCAUCCACUUUUUAGCCUAAUUAAUUAUUUCGGUAAAAUUUCCAAAAUUAUUUUACUAGAUGUAAAAUAUUAAAAGACCAGAAAAGGAACAUGUAAUAUGGAAGGAAGUUAUUAUUUGACAAUUGUAGAUAAUAAUGAUAGUGGUAACUGCCGAACUGGUACUCUGGUAGAUGAGAGAGGAAGAGUACUGGAAUCACACAUUCCAAAGACGAAGAAGAAAAGUCCAAUAAGAGAACAGAUUUGAAACUGUGUUUAGGAGAAUCGUUCAUUCAUCUAGCUAGCUUUUUCGGAUCUCUGGAUGCUUUUGGGUUUAAUUUUAAAACUAUACUAAAAUGUAAUAUUCAUAUAUUUUAUCAUUAUACAAGAAAACAAA